AUGGCCACCCCGCUCGCACAGCACGAAGACAACAUCUUCAUUUCAGUCACCCUCUCGCCCGCCUCCGCGCUCUUGAGCCACCCAGACGCGCUCCUCGUACACCCGCUCAUCACCCGUCUAGGGCGGGUUGGAGAACUCCAGGACAGCUGGCCGCAGGUUGAGACGGGCGUAUUAGAUGCAUUGAACAGUCUGCCUGGAGUGCUGAGGGUGGACGUCCAGGGCCUGCCGAAACUGAGGGCCAAGAGGGGAGGCGACGAACUGUGA